ACCCGUGCUAUCGCUGCCAAUGCUCUUCGAGGCGCGGGUCUCAUGGACCGCGACACACGCAUGCGCGACGUUUCCGACAAACCUGGUGGUCGCAAGGGCAGCGCAGCAAAGACAAUACAACACAAAAACCGGGGACCGUUAGGUCGUCUUCGCAGAAAUGCAGUUUCAAAUGGUGAUGUCGUUGUCGAACGCAAAGUCGUGGAUCUCUGGAGAGAGUUCGUGCAUCGGCGAUGGAAUCCCGAGCACAAAUUUCUCAACCUUGAGCGAAUAGCAGAAGACGAGUUUGUGCGACAACAUCGGUUGCUACCAGGGUCUGGCGCGAGCGGAGCAGGCAAAGAGAUCGCAGUACUAUUCAAGCUUGCCUCUAUGCUGCAGCCAAAGGUCGAGACGAUCUCAUUGGCCCACAAUGGGCUUACGAGUGGAUCUUCUCUUUCUCGCCUCUCACACUAUCUCCCCGGGGUUGUCAAUCUGUCCCUACAGGAUAACAAACUGAGCACUUGGCGAGAUAUCGACUACAUCUCAAGCAAAAGGGGCCGCUUGCAGCAACUACGCGAACUCAUAAUGGUCGAGAACCCUUUGAGGGAUAUGGAGUAUUCGAACAAUCGAAUAGACCGCUAUAAGAGCGAGAUGGUUCGCCGAUUCCCGUCGUUGGACAUCCUCGACAUGGAAGCUAUCCCCAAGAUUGGAUUCGACGCGCCAGCGGCCUCAACAUCGGCCGUGGCGUCCACCUCCCAAGCCACAGCGACAACGUUCCCAGCAGAAAUGGGACUCUCUUUCAUAACCGGAGUUGAUAGUUCUGUCGUCAGCAAUUUCCUCGUGCGAUUUUUUCCUCUAUUCGACAACCAGCGUGCCGGAUUGCUGGAUGUCUACCAUCCAAACGCGACAUUCUCCUUCUCUUCCAACACAACCAUUCCCGCGCGUGCGCGAAUUGAAGGGUACCAUUACUCGAAGGAAAUGCCAAACCAACGCAAGCUGGAGUGGACCCCGUGGCUGACUGGCGGUCACGGAGGCUCACGCAACUUAAACAGGAUGGGCGGGGGUAUAGACAAGAUGACGAAGACGUUACAUGUCGGCAGCGAAGCCGCCGUUAAGGCAAUGGCAGACUUGCCCAUUACCAAACAUGACAUUACGGGUUCACCUGAGAAGUUUUGCGUCGAUGCAUGGCCUGUGCAGGCGGGUGACUCCCCGCAGCUCUUUGUUACGAUACAUGGUCAAUUCACAGAAGAACCUUCGCUUGGCAUUCGUUCCUUUGAUCGGUCGUUCAUUCUGGCUCCUGCCCCCGAGGGUUCUCGUGCCAGACAGACUGGGUGGGACGUCGUCAUCCUGUCUGAUCAGUUGACCGUCCGAGCGUACUCCAACCACGAGGCAUGGACGCCCGGCCCAAUGCGGGUUCAGGCGGGUGAACCCAUGGCAUCCGGUUCAUCGCUGCAACCGCCGGCAAAUCCACAGAUACAGGUUGCUCUAUCGGCAAUGCCUGAGCCCCAGAGGUCUCUGGUGAUGGAAGUACUGACGCGCACGGGCCUCAACCUGGAAUAUGCCGUCCAAUGUCUCGAGUCCAACGCAUGGGACGUGGGGCGUGCAAUUGCGAAUUUCGAGCAGGUGAAGGGUACCCUGCCACGAGAUGCGUUCCUAUAGAGGCCUCGUGCCUACCGAACCGCAUCAUCCCGCCCUUCAGGUCCUGGUAGAAUCAGCAUCAUACCUUCGCUGCGCGGAUCAAUUGAUUGAGAUCGCUUGUGGAGAUGCUCCUGACGGACUAGUGAUUUCACCUCAGUUCAGAACUUCGUUCUUGCAUCGCGCUACGUACUUGUACCCUCCCAUGACACUAGCCCAUCUGUAACGUAUACUAUAGCAUCGCCUCCCGUCAUUUUCUUUCUCACGCACUGUUUAUCAC